AUAUAUCUUGUUACAUCUCCUCCACUUCCUUAGAACAAUCCAAAGAAGAAGUUUUUGAUCUGUAUUGAUUUUCAUCAACAAGUCGUCCUUGUCUCCGAGAACAAAUCGAUUGAACAAGAAGAGAGGAAGGAAUCUCCGGGCAGAUAUGGGUCGAGCUCCGUGUUGUGACAAGGCCAGCGUGAAGAGGGGACCGUGGUCUGCCGAAGAGGAUGCGAAGCUCAAGGAUUAUAUCGAGAAGAAUGGCACCGGAGGAAACUGGAUUGCUCUUCCUCAGAAAAUCGGCCUUAACAGAUGCGGGAAGAGUUGCAGGUUGAGAUGGUUGAAUUACUUGAGGCCCAACAUCAAGCAUGGUGGGUUCUCUGAGGAAGAAGACAACCUAAUCUGCAGCCUUUACAUUAGUAUUGGAAGCAGGUGGUCCAUAAUCGCAGCACAAUUGCCCGGAAGAACCGAUAACGACAUCAAGAACUACUGGAACACCAAAUUGAAGAAAAAACUUCUGGGUAGGCGAAGGCAGUCUCUGCUCAACCGUUCUUCGACCACGGGAAAUGCAAACAGUUCCAAUGAUGCUACAAGUUCACAGGCCUUGAGCAGUUCUGCCCUAGAGAGGCUGCAGCUUCACAUGCAGCUUCAGAACCUUCAAGGCCCUUUCUCUUUCUACAACAACCCUGCCCUUUGGCCCAAAGUGCCUCCUCUAUUGAAUGAAAAGAUGACCCAGACCCUUAAAUUCUUGAAUGAAAGUCCUCAUCUGCUGAUGCAACCUACCCUCUCUAAUAGUUCAUCACCCAAAAAUGACCAAAAGGCCACCACAUACGAGUCCUCACCUGCUGCCUCUCGUUCCACUCCUAGUGAUUUUGCCAAUCUCAGCUUCAGCGACGCUGAUUUCAAUGAGUUGGUAAAUUCCAUGACUAAUUGCGUUUCGUCUUCAGACUGCUAUGCCCCGUUACCUGACAUCGGAGUUGAUUCCAUUGAUCAACUAAAUAGGGGACAGUUUCUCCCAGAUCCCCUAAUCCAAACUGUGCCGGACGAUUCUCUCAACUACAAGAAAUCUGAUGGAUCUAUGUCACAGCAGAAUCAGGUAGAUGAAUUUGAUUGUUUCAAGGAUAUGGACAGUAAUUCCAGAGACACAUUGCAGGCUUUGUGGCAUGAUGAUGAGUACAACGCGCAAUCGGCAUCCUCUUGGGAUUCAGCUUCGGUGCUCCUAUGUGAGGGCAUAUCGCAAGAUUUUGGCUUACGCUAUAGCAGUGGCUAUAAACCUACAGUUUUAUGAGGUUUUAUUUCUCAAUCAUAAUAAGACAGGGAAAACUAUGGCGCUAUAAACAGCAAUGCUUAUUUCGUAUGAAUAAUGUGUAUCAGGUUUUAGGGUUAUUAUUGGACUUAGAUUAUGCAAAAACUAUCAUGCAUUUGUUCAUCUUCUUUUUUUUUUUUUCCAAUAAUGUGCGUUAUACGUA